AUGGCCUUCAUUCCAAUUUCUGGUACAAUAGCCUUCACUGAAAGAGAUAUAAACCAAUACCUGGUACAAGAGCCUUCAUUCUUAGAGAGAAAUUCACCAUUAUCUGCCAAGUACCAGCAGCUACAGACAGAAUAUGUUGAGCUGGGAACCACUGUUCAAGAGCAAAAACUUUUGAUUAGUCAGCUAGAAGAGGACCUCCGUAACGUCAAUGCACUGUCGUCAAUGUUCCGUGGUGAGGGGGAGGGAGUCGAGUCUAUAACCCCUGGGGCCGAGAUGGUUGCUUCCGCUGUGAAAGAAGUCACUACAUCAGCAGCACCACCACAGUCACCUGACGGCUCCAAAUCCGCCGCCGACUCCUUGCUGCCCAUAGUACAGAGUCAGAGAGAGAGGUACAGGGUGCGAGCCCAGGAACUUGAAGCAGUAAAUAUACUUACAUUCUUGAUACAACUUUAUCUUGAUAGGCUUCAAACGAUCGGACAACAACAACAGAUUACGAUGUUACAGAAUGAGAUUGACAAGCUUCGCUCGGACAACGUUAAACUGUACGAGAAAGUUCGUUACUUACAGUCCGCAGGUUACUCUACCAAGUCUGGCAGUCACCAUGACGAUGGAACACUGACCAAGUAUUCUACCCAGUACGAGGAACGUCUCGACCCAUUCUCAUCAUUUAACAGGAAGGAGAAGAUUAAGCGCUAUAUGAAUCUCAAACCGUAUGAUAAAAUAACUCUCAGUAUGGGCAAGUUUAUCAUGGGAAACAAGACAGCUCGUACAUUUGCGUUCUUCUACACAGUGCUACUACAUUCUCUAGUCUUUGUGGUGCUAUACAAGUUAGCUCAUAUGGAGUCAGUGAAGCGUGACACAUCUCUGGAAUGUCACCAAGAAUUUGCUGAGCACAUGUUGAAGGCACAUGGAGAAAAAGACUGGCUACAUGGACAUGAACAUCCAUAA